GCCGUCUUGGUCGUCUUCUGGAAACGUCAUUAGCGGAUCCUUUUGCGGGCUGUUGCUGACUCUGGCACAUUCGCUCGCUCGCCCGCACGAUUCAGACAGCAGCCCUCGCGGAAUCUCUGAACCCUUCCGCGUCCAGGCCUCGUCAGUCGCCGAGCAGUGCGCCCCGGGGAAGCCACGGCAGCGUCCCAUGGCUUGCGACCCGUCUUGACGCUUUUGCGUAGAAUGCUCCACUGGAUCGUCGUUAUCAUUCGAGAUAACGUCCAAAACCUGCACCCUGAUCUUCCCUCAUUAUUUCCUGUGCCGUCCGCCCACGACUCGCUCGUAUUCUUCCCGCGCGCUGCCUCUUGUCUCAAUAGCCGCAAUGCAGUCAGAUCUGUAUGCUAA